AUGACGCUUUAUCAUUUCGGCAAUUGCUUAGCGUUAGUAUACGCACCAUAUCAUAUGGCAUACAAGUUUUCUGGGAUAUCGGAGUAUGCUACGUUUUCAAAAUGUGUGUAUGCCGGUGGGCUUUAUAUCUUCACGCAGCUGUGCAAGAUGUUGCUGUUAGCAACUUUCUUCCCAGACACAGACAGUAGUCACAUCACUGGUGAAUACAACAUAUUUUUGGAAGUCCUGAAGGCGACUGUGGACUUUGCUGAUCUUUUGGGCCUUUACUUUGCUUUGAAUGCUGUGCCAGGCAAAGGUCACGCUAAGAUCCUCACAUCUGCCAUUGGUUGGGCAAGUGCAGAGGUGGUGGUGACGCGCAGCGUGUCGCUGUGGGUGGGCGCGCGCGGCUCGGAGUUCGACUGGCGCUACGUGCGCUCGUGCGCCGAGUCCAACGUGGCGCUGCUGCACACGGGCGCCACCGCGGCGCUGGUGUGGCUCUGGACGCGCAGCGACCUGCCGCGCGCGCAGGCGCCGCUCGUGGCCACGCUGCUGGCGCUGGCGCCCUACCGCGCGCUGCUCGAGGACGCGCUGGCGCGCGCGCUGGCGCUGGGCGCGUGGGCGCUGCUGGCGCUGCGCGCGCUGCACGCCGCCGCGCUCGGCCUCGCCUCGCUCGCCGUCUACGCCGUGCUCGCGCAGCAAAUCGGAGUUUAG